AUGGGUAUGAACUCUAGGAGUUUCAAUCCAAGAUAUCCAGGGAAUAUCAGAUCGGUUCCUGCUAUGAUAACCUCCUAUCCAAAUACCACCUUGGCAACACAGGGUCAAAAGAAAGAGAUGAGUUGCACAGCUCAUGGGGAAAAACCCAUCAUAGUCCGCUGGGAGAAAGAAGAUAGAAUAAUUAAUCCUGAAAUGUCCCGCUAUCUUGUUUCCACAAAAGAAGUGGGUGAUGAAGUCAUCUCUACUCUACAGAUUUUGCCAACGGUGCGAGAAGAUUCUGGUUUCUUCUCCUGCCAUGCCAUCAAUUCAUAUGGAGAGGAUCGUGGAAUAAUUCAGCUCACUGUGCAAGAACCCCCAGAUCCUCCAGAAAUAGAAAUCCGAGAGGUGAGAGCACGUAGCAUUGCCCUGAGAUGGACCAUGGGAUUUGAUGGAAAUAGUCCAAUCACAGGCUAUGAUAUAGAAUGCAAGAACAAGUCUGACUCCUGGGAUUCUGUCCAAAGAACCAAAGAUGUUUCCCCACAGCUGAAUCAAGCCACAAUCAUUGACCUACAUGCUUCUUCCACCUACAACAUCCGCAUGUAUGCAAAAAAUCGGAUUGGCAAAAGUGAAGCCAGCAAUGAGCUUACCAUCACCACUGAUGAAGCAGCUCCUGAUGGACCACCUCAGGAUGUUCAGCUUGAGCCCAUAUCUUCACAAAGCAUCAGGGUAACCUGGAAGGCUCCAAAGAAGCAUUUGCAAAAUGGAAUUAUUCGCGGUUAUCAGAUUGGCUACCGGGAAUACAGCGCAGGAGGCAAUUUCCAGUUCAACAUCAUCAGUAUUGAUACUACUGGAGACAGUGAAAUUUACACCUUAGAUAAUCUUAAAAAAUUCACACAAUAUGGCAUGGUUGUGCAAGCAUGUAAUCGAGCUGGAAUAGGACCAUCUUCUCAAGAAAUUAUCACCACUACUCUUGAGGAUGUUCCUAGUUCCCCUCCGGAGAAUGUCCAAGCCAUUGCUACAUCACCAGAAACCAUCUCUAUCACCUGGUCUACACUCGCCAAAGAUGCCCUCAAUGGAAUUCUACAGGGAUUUAGGGUUAUAUACUGGGCUAAUCUUUUGGAUGGAGAGCUGGGAGAAAUUAAAAAUGUCACCACUGUACAGCCAUCAUUAGAGCUUGAUGGUUUGGAAAAGUACACCAACUAUAGCAUCCAGGUGUUGGCAUUCACGCGAGCUGGAGAUGGGGUCAGGAGCGAGCAGAUUUUCACACGCACAAAGGAGGAUGUUCCAGGUCCUCCUGCUGGAGUUAAAGCAGCUGCAGCAUCAGCUUCUACUGUGUUUGUAUCUUGGCUGCCUCCCAUAAAGUUAAAUGGUGUCAUCCGAAAAUAUACUGUAUUCUGCUCUCAUCCAUAUCCCACAGUAAUCAGCGAAUUUGAAGCUUCUCCUGACUCAUUUUCCUACAGAAUUCCUAAUCUGAGCCGGAAUCGACAAUACAGUGUGUGGGUUGUUGCUGUAACAGCUGCAGGAAGGGGCAACAGCAGUGAAAUUAUCACCGUGGAACCAUUAGCUAAAGCUCCAGCCAGAAUUUUGACAUUCAGUGGCACAGUAACGACCCCAUGGAUGAAGGAUAUUAUUCUCCCUUGUAAAGCUGUUGGAGACCCUGCACCUACAGUCAAAUGGAUGAAAGAAAGUAACGGGACACCCAGUCUCGUGAUGAUUGAUGGGCGAAGAAGCAUCUUUAGUAAUGGCAGCUUUGUUAUCCAUACUGUGAAAGCAGAAGAUUCGGGAUAUUACAGUUGCGUGGCUACUAAUAACUGGGGAUCAGAUGAAAUUAUUCUGAAUUUGCAAGUUCAAGUUCCACCUGACCAGCCUAGACUUACUGUGUCCAAAACCACCUCUUCCUCAAUCACUCUUUCCUGGAUACCUGGAGACAAUGGAGGCAGCUCUAUUCGAGGUUAUAUACUCCAAUAUUCUGAGGACAACAGCGAACAAUGGGGCAGUUUUCCCAUUAGCCCUAGCGAACGUUCAUAUCGAUUGGAAACGCUGAAGUGUGGCACCUGGUACAAGUUCACUCUGACAGCUCAGAAUGGAGUGGGACCAGGACGUAUCAGUGAGAUCAUAGAGGCCAAAACACUUGGGAAAGAGCCACAGUUUUCAAAAGAACAAGAACUCUUUGCCAGUAUUAACACCACUCGAGUAAGAUUGAACCUUAUUGGCUGGAAUGAUGGUGGUUGUCCAAUCACCUCCUUUAUUCUGGAAUACAGGCCAUUUGGGACAACAGUAUGGACUACUGCACAACGAACAUCGCUUACCAAAUCAUAUAUAGUGUAUGAUCUUCAGGAGGCAACCUGGUAUGAGCUGCAGAUGAGAGUCUGUAACAGUGCUGGCUGUGCUGAAAAACAGGCCAAAUUUGCAACACUCAACUACGAUGGGAGUACAAUCCCUCCACUCAUUAAAUCAGUUGUCCAAAGUGAGGAAGGUCUGGCAACCAAUGAAGGGCUAAAGAUGCUGGUGACUAUUUCCUGUAUCUUGGUUGGGGUCUUGCUGCUUUUUGUGCUUCUGCUGGUUGUAAGAAGGAGACGGAGGGAACAGAGAUUGAAAAGACUCAGAGAUGCAAAAAGUUUGGCUGAAAUGCUUAUGAGCAAGAAUACAAGGACAUCGGAUACACUUAACAAGCAACAGCAGACACUGAGGAUGCAUAUAGAUAUUCCCAGAGCUCAGCUUCUGAUUGAAGAGAGAGAUACAAUGGAAACCAUUGAUGAUAGAUCUACAGUAUUGUUAACUGAUGCAGAUUUUGGAGAGACAUCAAAGCAGAAAUCAUUGACAGUUACUCAUACAGUACAUUAUCAAUCCGUCUCACAAGCCACUGGGCCGCUGGUGGACGUUUCUGACGCCAGACCAGGAACAAAUCCUACAACAAGAAGGAAUGCAAAAACUGGGCCUACAGCCCGGAACAGAUACGCUAGCCAAUGGACUCUCAACAGACCCCAUCCUACAAUAUCAGCCCACACUUUAACAACAGACUGGAGGCUGCCAACUCCCAGGGCCACAGGGUCUGUUGAUAAAGAAAGCGAUAGCUACAGUGUUAGUCCAUCACAAGAUACAGAUCGAGCAAGAAGCAGCAUGGUCUCCACAGAAAGUGCCUCCUCCACAUACGAAGAGCUAGCAAGAGCAUAUGAACAUGCCAAGAUGGAAGAGCAGCUGCGACAUGCAAAGUUUACCAUCACAGAAUGCUUCAUAUCAGACACCUCAUCAGAGCAGCUUACGGCAGGGACUAAUGAAUAUACAGACAGCCUGACCUCAAGCACCCCAUCCGAAUCAGGGAUUUGCAGAUUUACUGCAUCCCCUCCCAAACCUCAGGACGGAGGACGCGUGACAAACAUGGCUGUUCCAAAGGCACAUCGGCCAGGUGACCUCAUGCAUUUGCCACCAUAUCUUAGGAUGGACUUUUUGCUAAACCGAGGCGUUCCAGGCACUAGCAGAGACCUGGGUUUGGGACAGACCUGCCUGGAACCCCAAAAAAGCCGAACCUUGAAACGCCCGGCCGUCUUGGAGCCAGUCCCUGUGGAGGCUUCCUCCACGAGAGAAGCACAGUCAUGGCAAUCUGGUGGCGUAGCAACUUUACCUCAGCGAGAAGGAGCUGAGCUAGGACAGGCAGCAAAAAUGAGCAGCUCCCAAGAAUCCCUCCUGGACUCCCGGAGCCACUUGAAAGGAAACAAUCCCUACGCAAAAUCUUACACCCUUGUAUAACAAAAAGAGCAUGGCUGGACAGUGGCUGUAAAUACUUAAUAAUUAUUUAAAAAUCCAAUCAAAGCUACCUUUUUUAUUGAAUACCAAUAUUUAUAAUUAAAGAAGAAGAUUGCCAAAAUAUUUGGGACAAAAAUGCAACCAACAGACAGUGCAAAGACUCUCUUGCUUUUUUUCUGUCUGAGUGUGAGCUUCAUCUGAAUGGACCUCCUGAAUUUUUUGAGAAAAGGGAGUCCAGUUUUUCUGAUAUUCACAAGCUUUUGUGUUUUUACUGAUUUUCUACAAAGUGCAUGGGGACUAAAUAAAAUAUUUUAAACUGGGAGUUCCAUCACACACACGUAAGAAGAAA